AGGGGCGUACAGUCAGCUCUCUUUACAAGAGAUCAGGAAGGAAACGCGCUGGUCAGUGAGUGAGGGCUGAAGACAACCUAGCCCAAAGUAUGGAAUGCACCCGGAACUUCAGUUCCUUCUGGUCAAAUUGAAAAGCGCGUCGUAAGGCGCAAUGUAGCCUACCUGCCUCGGCGAGAACUACGUAUGCAUGAGCUGGCAACAUGAGACUGGUACGCCUGAAGUAGCCAAACGUGCGAGUCUCUGCUAAACAUGUCGGAGGUGCAGAUAGGCGAUAAUGAACUGAAAGAAAUCGACAUAUGUGACGAGGACAUUUGCUCUGAGGGUGAAAGUGGAGUGUUUGUAAACUCAGGUGCGUCUUUCACGGACACGUUCUCCGCGUUUCAACAAUGGACUUUACCAAGCCAAACACAGACAGAUGCCAACUUUCACAGGGCGACUUCUGAAAGUACCACCUGGGCUACAGGUACAUUCCAGGGGGCAACUGCGUUCCGUUCCAACUCAGUUACGAACGACGAAGUAAGCGCCGAUGUGGAAAACGGGCUUAGUCGUAAUGAACAUCUGGAAGACAACAGACCAAGAACCGUGUCCCGAACUUCUAUCGUGGACUGUUUGCUGGUGGAACUUUAUGACACCUACAGUAGCAACAAAAGAAAUGUGGACAGCUUGGAUAGUUCCACCGAAGCAUCUGGUUCAGACGCGUUCUUUGGACGGAGUACCUCCGGGUCCAAUUUCCUGCAAGAACUUCAAGAAAAGCAUACCAGGAGACAUCAAAUGAAAUACCUUUACCAGAAAGACCGGGAGGAACUGAAUUGUAUCAUCCAGGAGAUGAACUACCGUAUCAGCAUCCAGUCUGCCAAGCUGGUGCGUCUGCUGAAGAGGAAGGACCGCAUUCACGGAAAGUGCCAGAAGAACUACGAUGUCAUCACGGCGUGCCUGCAAGCUCUGUCUCAGAAAAGACGGGUUGACACGAGGCUGAAGUUUACGAUCGAACCCUCGCUUGGGAAAAAUGGCUACCAGCAGUGGUUCGAUGCCCUCAAAGCCGUGGCCCGACUCCCAACUGGGCUGCCCAAAGAGUGGAGGAAGCGGGUUUGGUUGACGCUGGCUGAUCAGUACCUCCACAGCAUUUCUAUAGACUGGGAGAAGACGCUUCGAUUUGCCUUUAAUGACCGGAGUAACCCUGACGACGACACUCUUGGAAUUCAGAUCGUUAAGGACCUGCACCGCACGGGCUACAGUUCCUACUGUGGCGAGGAGGGGGAGCAGGACCGGGUGGUGCUCAAGAGGGUGCUGCUGGCCUUUGCCCGCUGGAACAAGACGGUGGGCUACUGCCAGGGCUUCAACGUGCUGGCCGCCCUCAUCCUAGAGGUCACCGAGGGCAACGAGGGAGACGCGCUCAAGGUGAUGAUCUACCUGAUUGAUAAGGUGCUGCCUGACAGCUACUUUGCCAAUAACUUGCGAGCCCUCUCCGUCGACAUGGCCGUGUUCCGUGACUUGCUCAGGAUCAAGCUUCCGGAACUUUCACAGCACCUGCACCACCUGCAGAAGGCAGCCAAUCGGGAUGGAGGAGGCAGCUACGAGCCCCCCCUGACCAACGUGUUCACCAUGCAGUGGUUCCUCACCAUGUUUGCCACGUGCUUGCCGCGCCACACCGUGCUCAAGAUCUGGGACUCCGUCUUCUUCCAGGGCUCCGAGGUCCUGCUCAGAGUGGCCCUGGCCAUAUGGGCCAAACUGGGAGAGAGAGUGGAGUACUGUCACAGUGCAGACGAGUUCUACAGCACCAUGGGCUGCCUCACACAGGAGAUGCUGGAGCACAACCUCAUAGACUCCAAUGAACUGAUGCAGACGGUGUACUCCAUGGCUGUGUUCCCAUUCCCCCAGCUUGCUGAGCUGAGAGAGAAGUACACCUAUAACAUCACGCCCUUCCCUGCUCCCGUCAAGGCUAACUCGCGCAGUCCUGGUGGCACGGCAGGCUUGGAGAGUGAUGACGACGCUGACAUGGAUGAUGAAGACUCCCUGGUUACGGCUCUGGGCUGCCUCGGCCCACUGGGUGGCUUCCUGGCUCCAGAACUGCAGCGGUACCAGAGGAACCUCAGAGACCAGCAUGGUGAGCAGACUCCCCGGGGCAGUAACAUGGCGGAGAUGUCCCCGGGGGCGGUGGGGGCGGUUGGCGCGGUGGGCUCUGGGCGUGCCGAGCACCAGGCGGCCAUCAACAGCAUGAUGCUGGAGCGCAUGAGCACCGACAUCCACGCGCUCAGGAAGCAGUACUCGCGCAUCAAGAGACGACAGCAGCAGCAGGCCAACCUGCUCUACAUAAGAACAGGUCCUGGUGCUGAGGCUCUGUCAGGGGCCUCCUGUGAACCCUCCGCUCCACAGAGCAAUGACAAGUGUCCAGCCACCAGCGUGCUGGCCUCCCAAGUGCACCCAGGGCCCGUGGUCAACCACCUGCUGCUGGGCAAGAGGCCUCGCGGAGCGCCCUCGCGGAGCCCCAGGAGCAGCGUGGGUGGGGGGACCCCCCAGGGCCAGUCCGGCCCGCUGGACGAGGCGGUGGUGCGGAGCCGUCUCCAGUCGCCGUGGCGAGCUCACGUGCGGACGCACCGGCGGAACGUGGCCCGCGCCCGGGCCCAGCUGGACUUCGACGACCCCGAGGACGCGGACAAAGAAGAGGACGAGGGGGUAGCCACGGCAACGGACUCGCCUGGGUCUCCGACGACAGCAGCAGAGCGACAGGAGGAGGAGGAGGAGGAGGAGGAGGAGAGGGAGGAAGAGGAGGAGGAGGAAGAGGAAGAGAGGAAAUGUGAGGAAGAGAUUGCAGAGGUGGACGUCAGAGAGUUGGUCCAGGAGGAGCUCUCUGAAGAGGAGGUGCCUGAGGGGGAGGAGGAGGAGGAAGAGGAGGAGGAGGUGACAGAAAUCUCUUCGCACGACUCCACACUGGAGGGUGUAGAGGGAUUAGGAGAGGAAGAGGAAGAGGAAGAGGAUGAGUUAAAGAACCCGACCAAACUGGCGGAACGUCUGGCCUCUCUGGAGCUGGAACCAGACUCGGAACCAGAACUCUGCAGAACUCCUUCCAGAACCUCCACACCAACCUCCACACCAACCCCAACGCCAGAAACAGACCUAGAACUUUCCAGAACGCCAAACCAGGAGCCGCCAAUAACACCGACUCCGACUCCGACGCCAACUCCGUCCCUUCCCCUGCGGCCUUCCUCGGGGCGGUCCCGGCCCGUUCUGGACUCUUCCAGCUCCGAGUCGUCCGUCUCCUGCCCCGGCAGGAGGAUGACCACCUCUGCGUCCACCCCUGGGGGGCUGUCCAAGUACCAGCAGCAGCCGGCCCCCCCGGCAGUGCCCUUCUCCCCCUUCCCCUGCGUCAAGGCGCCCAGGAAGUCGGCGGCGGCCCGGAACCUGGGUCUGUACGGCCCGACGUCGCGCACGCCCACCGUGGUCUUCCCCCACAUGAGCAAAGGCAUGAGCCGCAUGAGCAGCAGCAGCAGCAGCAGCGCCAUCUCCACCAGGAGGCGAUAGUGAGCACUCUCUCUCUCUCUCUCUUUCUCUCUCUUGCGCUCUCUCUCGCUCUCUUGUUCUCUCUCGCUCACUCUCGUGCUCUCUCUCUCUCUCUCGUGCGCUCUUUCUUUGUGUGUAAAGGUGUUUUUUUUGUUCCUUAUGCACUUCAGAUAAACAACCCCUUGCUAUCACAAGCAAGGCUCAGGGACUUAGAUGUCCUAUAUGAAGAAGCACUGGACAAGAAGCACUGGACUGCAUGCGCACACACACACACACACACACACACGCACGCACGCACAUAAUGUCACAAGCAUACUCUCUCGCUCUCUCUCUCGCUCUCUCACACACACACACACACACACACACACACAAAGGGAGCGGAGUUGUGUACUUUAUUGACCAAAACAUACUGCGGAUAUUCAGCUGUCACUCUGUGUUGCUGAUAAAAUAAAAUAAAAAAUGUGAAGAGAUAUGCACAUCCCACCCCGGAGCAGGGUUAGGCACAGCUACGGGUGCCCUGGAGGGACAUUCAAUUCCACUUUCCCACAAUUGUUUUCUUUUCCUGUUGAUUUUUUACAUGGAGUUAAACUGUAUGAAAUAAACCCUCUGGGCCAAAAUCCAUGCACCUGA